AUGGCUCUUAUUAUGAAUCUCUUACCUCUUUUAUUCUUAGGAGCCUUAUUUCAUUCCAGUCAAAGUGUCGUGCCUCUCAUAUCCUUCAAGGUCAGCUUUAACACUACAUACGAUUGUAUAGAUAUUUUUAUGCAAUCAGGACUUGAUCAUCCCUUGCUCAAAAACCAUACAAUCCAGAUGAAACCAUCAGUUUCAAGGACUAAAUUAAAAAGUCAAAUUGGCAUAAAAAAAAUACAAAAACAGAAAAUACCAUGUCCAGAUGGAACCAUUCCUGUAUUGAGAAAUACUAAAGAAUUCAUCACCAACGCUCAAGUUUUGGCUGAUAAGCAUUUCCAUCCGCUAACAGCUGAUAGUCCUGGAACACACAUUUCUGGAGUAAGGUCACACAAUGGUCCAUAUCGUGGCGUAGAAGCUUCGUUUGAAGUAGUAUCGGUAGACAUCGCAAAAGAUCAAGCCUCGUAUAGUCAAAUAUAUAUAGGCAGUGGAUCGAAUAAUGAGGUUAAUUUUAUCUCAGCGGGUUGGAUGGUAAAUCCAAGUUUGUUUGGUGACGGACGUACUUGGACAUAUGGAUUUUGGAAGGGUAAAGAUGGAAAAGGAUGUUACAAUAUGGCAUGUUCAGGGUUUGUUCAAGUAUCACAGAAGGUUCCCAUAUUUAAACCCAUUGGUUUUCGGGCAGGCGAGACUGUCUGGUUGCAUUACUCCAUCCAUCAGGACAAAAAUACUGGAAACUGGUGGCUUACAGAAGCACUGGGAUUAGGUGAACCUGGCAUCGAUCUUGGAUAUUGGCCAAAAGAGCUAUUUAACCUUUUAGACAAUGGUGCAAAUAUGGUUGGAGCUGGUGGUGUGGUUCAGGCUUCACGUUCUGGUUCAAGCCCUGAGAUGGGUAAUGGUCAAUUUCCGAAUGUUAAUCACCCCGAGAAUUCAGCACUUUUGACAAAUAUCGAAGUUUUGGAUUCCAGUUAUGAGCAACAUAAAAUGAAUUAUGUUCCUACAGAAGUGCGGCCACACGAAACCGCUCCACCUAGCCGCUGGGGCACUCGCAGCGGCUUCUUCACUUCCUUGCAUCACACCGCUGUGACAAGUACAAAUGCGGUAGGGGAUGAGCUAUUUUUCCAGUGGCUUCGGUUCACCGCUGCGUUAGGCCGCUCCCAUACUUCUCUCCAUUUCUCGAGUCUUCAUCUCUCGAGCGUCUCCAGCAGCUCCAGGACACCGCUGCACAAGGCCGCUGCCACACUUUGUCUCCGUUUCUCCAGCGCUUGCAGCGGCUUCUCGAUGGGCCAAAAGGCCGCUGGGACGUCACGAGGCCGCUGGGACACUUAA